AUGGAUCCACAGGUGAUUGAGUAUCGGCAAUUCCUCGAACAUUGGAAAAAAGACGCCGGUGGAGGAAUCUCAGAUGGUGAGUUGGAUUCAUUCUUUUAUGAUUUGCCGCCCUCGCUUCCGUUCACGAUAAGGAAGAGCUUUCGGCCGCACGAAAUCUUUACGGGGCUCUACCUCGGUGGGUUUCGUGACGUGCUGCCCAUUCAAACGCUGAGACAGAAAAUAUGGAAUGAGUCUGCCCGACGUGUGAGCCCCCACGACAGCACUCUUCAAAUUAUGGAGGAUUCUUCGCAGAGGAAAAGUACGGGGAGGUUGAGAUCCGGAUCACUACGUGAAAAGAAGGAAAUCAAAGGUGAAGAGGUGCCCAAGGGAGCGGAGGCCGUGCGGCGAGAGAUUCCGGAGGAGGCGAAGCUUCCUUUGCCCGCGGCAUCGUGUUCUUUACCCGCUUUGGAUGUCUCCCGGGAAACUCCGUCGCCGAGGCCUCACGAGCUCUACCUUUUAGUUUCCGCCUGCGCUACGCUGCUUCCGUGCGCGCAGCUCGAGCUAAUGCGGCUGGAGCCGCUGGAGGGCUCUUCAACGGCGAAUCAACCCCACGUCCCGCGAAGCAACAUAAGGCAACACGUGGAAAAACUGCACCGCGUAGGGGGGGGGUUUGGCUACGCCUGCCGCAGCUUCAGGCUGAGUGAUAUUCGCGAACAGAUCCGAACCCUUUUCGAGAUCGAUGCCGCGGAGCAGCCGACCACGCUAACGAGUGGCGCGCCGUCAUCCUCCUCCGCGAAUCGGGCGAUCGACGAUUCGUCGAAGGAAACGGCGUCGAAUCGCGUAGAGGGGGCGUAUCUUUCCCAGAAGCGAAUUGCACGGCGGUUUUUUGAUUGGAUGGAGCGCGUCCGAUGCGAUGUGGUAGCAUCGCAUGCUGGCUCCAAUGCUUCGUUUAAGAACCACCAAGGUAGUGAGAAAUCUCAAAAUUAUUCGUCCGAUAAAAAGGAAAAACACCUUUUUUACUGGCGGAUUGCGCUACCAGUUUUCGAUAAUGAGAAUGCGUCCAUCUCUCAAUACUUCAGCGUCGUAUCGUUCAUUAUUUUUGCCGUGCUUACCGCAUCCGGCACCGAAUUAACGAUCGGUGAACGUUUGUCGAACGCCAAUGAUGCCGCGCUCCGGAAGUCGAGCGACCCACAAGAGGAGACGAUUUUGGACGAGGAUCGCCCAGUGGAUCCUUCUGAAAUCGCUUCACAUUGCAAACGAGCGGAGGGGGAUUUGCGUGUUAGCGCGGCAAGGGGGAGGCCUUCGGUGGUGGUUCACUGUGCGGCGGGGAGGUCGCGGUCGACGACGGUGGUAGGGGCUUUUCUUCUCAGCCUCUGGCUGGAGGGAUGGCGGCGCCAUCCCGGCGCAUCGAAAGCCCAUCAUCCGACACCGAAGACAGCUCUCGGCGAAAUAAAGAAGACGACGUCGACGCUAGCCGAGGAAUACGUCAAGGUAACUAUCGAUUACAUGCAAAGCAUCCGGCUGUGUGCGCGCCCGAACCCAGGUUUCGUCAGGCAGUUGAAGAGCUACACCAAGGCUCAACUGCUUAGCAGCAAGCAUUCUCUUCAUCGUCAACCUACAGGCUUUGAGCAGGAGGAUGGAUGCCCCGCAUUAAUCCCAAAGACGAUUUCUUUUACCUAA